AGCGCAAGCGGCGGCGGUGGUGCGGACGCUGACCCGCUCGCUAAUGAGUCCGGCACACGCGCUCGCGCUCGAUCGAGCAGCGCCGCUCAGUACUGCGCGACCCCGCGGCGAGUGCCGCUGCUGACGGCUGAAUAUCGCGAUAUCAGGUGUUAUCAGUGUGAUAAGAUAGUGCGUCACCUCGCGCCGCACCGCGCAGGACGCACUCCGCGACGCGCCCGCGCCGAGCCGGCCGCUAUCUCGCCAUGCGGAGCAAGGACCGCCUCGCCGAGCUGCUGCAGCGAGCAGAGGCCUCGGGUGGCGUUUAUAAGGACACGGUAUUACCAGUGGAAGAAGAUGAGGGGUCAGCGGCGAGAAGCCUGCCGCCGGAGAUGGAAGAAAUGCUGCAAGAGGCGGAGUCGGCUGUGCGAUGGGCGGGCGAGCUGGCGGCACUGACGGCGCGGCUGCGUGCGCUGCAUGCACAUCCUACCUUCCACACCAGCCCCGAGAUGCAGGAGCAAGCUGACAGCGUGGUGACACAGGCGCACGCACUGGGGCUGAAGGCCAGCGGAGCGCUGCGACAGCUGGAGCAACGCGCGACCACCGCUGCCGCGAGCGUGGGAGGCGCGGCGGCGCGCGCGGCACGUCUACAGGCGGCCUGCUGCCGCCGGCGGUACGCGGCAGCGCUGGAGCACCAUCAUAGUGCUUUAGCGGACUUGCGUGCUGCGCGACGGCGAUUGCUUGCUGAUCAACUAGCUCUUACUAAUUCAGAGAUUACAGAGGAGGAGUGCGAGAGACUGUUGGACGACAACCGUCUCCAAGUUUUCGUCGAUAAUAUCGAAGCAGAAACGCGCGAGGCCCGGCUCGGCCUGCGCGAGGCCGAGGCACGUCGCGCGGAGCUGGCGAAAGUGGAGGCAGCCCUCGUGGACGUCCGGGACUUGUUCGGACAGCUGCAUCACCUCGUAGCCGCGCAGCAGGAUCAGCUGGACAGCGUCGAAUACUUCGCGCUGCAGGCCACGGAGCACGUCGUCAUUGGUCAGCACGAGCUGCUGCAGGGGAACGUGUUCCGCAAGAAGACUAAGCAGAAAAAAAUCGGUUUGAUAGUCUGCAUCUCAGUGGGUGUAUUCAUAGUCCUGCUGGUGCUCAUCUACACGUAGGCUCUCCCUAAGGCCCUAUGGCGCCCUAUGGCUGCUAUAGCGGAGAGCGCUAUAGAGAUGCAUAGCUCUGUCUCAUUCGCACAUCAGCUCGUGCGCCGGUUGGCGCAUUUAACUAGUCAGUCCAGUUUCAACGACGCGACGCUUAUAGUC